GGGGGUUCGCAGAGCUUGACUCGAUGCUCGCGGGGCGUCGCUGGCUUCGCCUUCUUCUCGAAUGUCAGGUAGGCGGGGGGCGGCUAGUAUAGGAUUAGUGCGCGGAGUCGCCGCGUCGCGUUGGUAGGUAGCGCUGUUAGUGAGUUGUCAAGCAAGGCCGAAACGUCACGGAGCUGAGGAGUAAAGAGAGCAAGAAGCGAAGAAGCGACGAGCAUGCCAGACUGCAUCAGCUCCGUGCGUGCGGAUUCCUAGAGUGACAGCCAACAUGGCGGAGAGUGGGUUGUGCGGUGGAAGUGCGUAGUCUAUGAUCGAGCUCUGCGAGCGAGGAGACGAGGAUGCACCAGGGUACAGCGUCGUCGACGACGCGGCGUCGCGGCCACCAGCACCACCCGCGACACGCGACGCGACGACGUCUUGACGCCUCGAGCCGCGGAGGACCCGCGCAGUGUGGUCCCGCGGGUGUCGCGAUUCCCGAUUUUUUCCCGGGCAACGAAGCGCCCCCCUCCGCCGAUGAAAACCCCGGGAAAAAUGAAACUGCGACGGAGAAACGGCAGCUCGACGCAGAGGCGCGAGCUCGCGACGAACAGCUGAUCAAGCCAGCUGACGAGCCGGAACAACAUUCGGAACGACCCGUUCAAAGGCCCGCGCAGUGUGGCCGGAACGAGGCGACGGCGACGAUUGCCGAUCCGACGGAGCCGAGUGCGAACACCAAUCGCCACCUCGGUCCGCGGAAUGCCUCCGAGAGGUCGAAGCAUCGCCGAGGCGAAUCGCCGAGGAACUCUCGAAUCGAGGUGAACAGGACCCCCGAGCCUGAGCACGCGGUCGCGAGGGCUCGGGGCGACGGAAAUUCCGACGACGAGACGUCGAAUAUCGAGGAAGACCCGGAGCUCGUCGAACUUGCCAAGAUGCGUUGCCCUAGCGAGCGGACCGAGGUGCAGGCCGAGAAGGAGGCCAGGCGACGCAAGAGGUGCGCCGAUUAUCCCGGACUCGCAUUCGGAUGCUCGAUAUUCUCGAGCGACACGAUGAUGAAGUUCAGCUUGAUUAAAAACGAGCUGCAGAAUAUAAUGGGGAACCAGCUGAAAAGGGCCGAAUCCGAAGUCGCGGCUCUCAACCGUCGCAUCCAGCUGCUUGAGGAAGAUUUGGAGAGGUCAGAGGAACGUCUUGCAACUGCCACAGCCAAGUUGGCCGAGGCAUCUCAGGCCGCCGAUGAAAGCGAGCGGAUACGGAAGGCCCUUGAAAAUCGUACCAACAUGGAGGAUGACCGCGUGUCUUUAUUGGAACAACAACUGGCCCAGGCUAAACUGAUUGCUGAAGAGGCUGAUAAAAAAUACGAAGAGGUCGCCAGGAAGCUAGUCAUGAUGGAACAGGAUCUCGAACGUGCCGAGGAAAAGGCUGAGCUAUCCGAGUCAAAGAUCGUCGAGUUGGAGGAAGAACUUCGCGUUGUUGGCAACAACCUGAAGUCCCUCGAAGUAUCCGAAGAAAAGGCGACACAGAGGGAGGAAACGUUUGAGGGACAAGUCAAGAUAUUGGACAGCCAACUCAAAGAGGCUGAGGCUCGCGCUGAAUUUGCCGAGAGGUCUGUGCAAAAGUUGCAGAAGGAGGUCGACAGGCUCGAGGACGACCUAGUUGCCGAGAGGGAGAAAAAUAAAUUGCUUCAAGAGGAGAUGGAGUCGACGCUGCAUGACAUCCAGAACAUGUAGAACAUGUUGCACACUUUUGUGGACAAAAUUUACACGCAUACACUUACAUACACAUACACAAAGAAAGAGAAAGAAAAAGAAAAAGAAAAUGAAAAAGAAAUAAUUAAUAAUAAUUAAAGUAAUAGAUAUACGCGCUUGUUUGUUUGGUGCACGCCUAACGUAACACAACAACAAUACAUAUAUAUGUAUAUAUAAUGUAUGUAUAUAUGUGUUGAAAGAAAAAAGACAAAAUUGAAAAAAGAAAGACAGAAGGAAAUACAGUGUCCUUAUAUUUAAAUAGGGUUAAGGCCAAUUUUUUCGAGCAGGAGAUAAGGCAGAUUACGAUAUACAAGUAUUUAUAUCGAAGCUAAACUUUUAUCGCGUGUCUUUCCAGUUUUCAAUACUGCACAUUCAUUAAUAUUACGUAUAGUAGAACCGUUUAACUGCCCUGACGCACAUGUCGAAACGAGUCUCUUUAAUCCUUUGCCUUUUUCCUGGCGAAUAUCGAAUUUUCGUCAUUCCAUUCGCGUCUUAUCGCAAUUGACAUUCCGUUAAAAAAUUGUUGUAUUUGUCAAAGAGAAUUCGAUUCGCCUUGUCCUCUUAAUUUGAAAAAACCGUUUGUUUUCGUCGGUGAAUAUUUUGCAUGUAAAAGUUAUGUGAAGGCAAAUAGCUUGAUGCGAAUUAUCUUUCUUUUUUUCCUUUUUUUUUUUUAUCCAACACGCGUCAGCAUCGCAAAAAUUUUUUAUAACGAAAUUGCUAAAAGAAUCGACACCCGAUUUAAGAAUUCUACAUUUUUGCCGUAAUUGAAAACAAACGGUUCUCCAUCAUCCGAAGACUGAGGAAGGUUUAGAAAGUACGCGUCGUGUAUUCCUCUCCUCUAAUUGACAGCAAUAAGCAUGUAUGUAGGUAUAGACUAUAUUAUAAAAUAUAUAGAUAAUGUCUUCUAUAUUUAGUAGCCUUUUCUUUGUUGCUCCAUGCAGUAUUUUCUUACGUCUUAUUACUCUAAAUUAUCAAGCCGCGUUCAACUCGUUUUUUUUUCUGGUUUAUCCUAAUUAUACACGGAUC